AUGGGAAGUCAAAACAAUGUGACAGAAUUCAUUCUUUGGGGCAUUGCAAAGAAUCCAGAGCUGCGGGAAAUGCUCUCUGCUGUAUUUCUAAUCAUGUAUGUGUCCACUGUUUGGGGAAACCUCCUCAUUGUGGUAACCAUGGUCACAAGUCAGAGUCUGAGAUCACCUAUGUAUUUUUUCCUUAUUUCCUUCUCCCUCAUGGAUGCCACCUACUCUUCUGUCAUUGCCCCCAAGAUGAUUGUGGACUCCCACUCUGAGAGCACUACCAUCUCCCUCAAAAGCUGCAUGGCCCAGCUCUUCACUGAACACUUCUUUGGAGGUGUGGGCAUCACCCUUCUCACUGUGAUGGCCUAUGACAUCCACGUGGCCAUCUCUAAGCCCCUGCACUACCUGAGGCCUCAGGUGUGCUACCUGUUGCUAGGAGGGGCUUGGGUGGGGGGAUUUAUCCCGGCAAUAGUACAGCUUCUAUUGAUGUAUCAAAUACUCUUCUGUGGUCCCAAUAUCACAGACCACUCUAUAUGUGAUUUGUUUCCACUCUUGAAAGUGGCCUGCAUGGACACCCACAUCCUGGGCCUCUUAGUCAUCCUCAACAGUGGGGUGAUGUGUGUGGCCAUCUUCCUUACCCUCAUCAUCUCCUAUGUGGUCAUCCUUUGCUCCCUGAAGUCCUGCAGCUCUGAAGGGUGGUAUAAAGCACUGUCCACCUGUGGCUUCCACCUCACUGUGGUUGUCAUGUUCUUUGUGCCUUGUAUUUUCUUGUGUGUCAGACCUGUGGCCACCUACCCCAUAGAAAAGGCAAUGACUGUGUCCUUUACCAGUGUUGCACCCAUGUUAAAUCCCUUGAUCUAA